UGUUUCUUGCGUGGGAAGAAAAUGAAAAUUUCCUCUGUUUUAAGUCUUUUUCUAAUUUUGUGCUACCUAAGUGCCCAACAAUGCCACGCAGGGGAAGCAGAUAAUCUACGGCAAUUUCUCAAGGCUCGACGGGCAACGACUAGGAUUAACCGCGGCAUAGCGGCUGCCGAGAAACAAAUACGAUCAGCGUCAAAAUUCAUAGUGCCACAGGUAGGAUCAAAGGAAAAUGACAAGAUCUCGGCAUUACCAGGGCAACCAAGUGGGGUUAAUUUCGAUCAGUAUUCAGGAUAUGUGACUGUCGAUGCUAAUGCUGGUAGAGCUUUGUUCUAUCACUUCACUGAAUCAACUCAAGACCCUUCUACCAGGCCUCUUGUCUUGUGGCUAAAUGGAGGACCUGGUUGCUCUUCGUUUGGGAAUGGAGGAAUGACGGAACUUGGACCAUUCCGUGUCAAUAAAGAUGGAAAAACCUUGUGGCUUAACCCAUUUGCCUGGAACAAUGUGGCAAACGUCCUCUUUUUAGAAUCACCUGCUGGUGUUGGAUUCUCUUAUUCUAAUACUUCAUCAGAUUAUGUUACUGGAGAUGAAAAGACUAAACAAGACAGUUUUACCUUUCUCAUUAAUUGGAUGGAAAGAUUCCCAGAAUAUAAACGCCGCGAUUUCUACAUUAUUGGAGAGAGUUAUGCUGGGCACUAUGUACCUCAACUUGCUCAGCUGAUCUUAUCCCACAAGAAAUCAGAACCUAACCUUGUUAUUAACUUGCAAGGAAUAGCUACAGGAAAUGCCCUUCUCGAUGAUGAAGCAAUGAAUAGUGGUUCAUACGACUUUUAUUGGACACAUGCACUAAUAUCAGAUGAAGUCCAUGAAGGAAUUGUUUCUAAUUGCAACUUCUCAGCAGAAUUUACUACAGAAGCCUGUGAUGAGUACACAGACCAAGCAGAUUCAUCUCAAGGAAAUAUAUACACUUAUAACAUAUAUUCCCAACUAUGCAACUCCUCUGCCUAUUUUUCCCUUCCUGAAUCUGGAUUUGAUCCAUGCUCAGCUGAUUACGUAGACAAUUACUUAAACACCGUUGAAGUACAAAAGGCGCUUAAUGUGAGAGACAUACCCCAGUCCUGGGGCUCUUGCAAUGAUGAAAUACACGGCUCUUGGCAAGACUCCCCAGAUACUGUUCUACCUAUCUUUCAAGAGCUCAUGCAAAGUGGCAUUAGGGUUUGGAUUUAUAGCGGAGACGUAGAUCAUAUUUUGUCUGUAACGACCACUAGAUAUGCUAUAAACAAAAUCAAAACACCAGUCAAAACGGCAUGGUACCCUUGGUUCUUCCAAGGCGAGGUUGGUGGUUAUGCAGUAGAAUACCAGAACUUGACAUUUGUGACGGUAAGAGGAGCAGGACAUUUUGUUCCAAGCUAUCAACCUGGUCGUGCAUUGACCAUGUUCUCAUCUUUUAUCAAUGGCACACUCCCUCCCGGUCUCGACUUUCCUGGCCCCCACUAAUUAAACAGAAGAUAAACGAUUAUUGAGAAGGGGAAAAAAGGAAAGUUGGUUUCACAUGGAAUAAUUUUGUAGAAAUCUACUACCCAAUUAUAUUCUUGAUCUGAUAUUCCAAAUUCAAAAUAAGACAUACACAAUCUAGUGUUGACGAUGUGUUGUUUCUCAUUGGUUAGAAAAAUCUCACUUAACUAAAUGUCGUUUCAGAUGUCUAGCUUCAUCUCGAAGAGCUUCAAAAUCUUGGAUUGAUGUGUAGAGAACUAAAUGAAGGAAAAUUGGCAUUUGGGUCAGAGAUUUCUUUUUUGUUUUUUGUUUUUGAGAAACAGAUUUCU